AUGCAUUCCACGACUGAUCUUGACUGGAAGACUCACCGAAAAGAUGCAUUUAAUGUAACGUUCUCUGGUCAGAAGCCUGUUACGGAUGAAAAACUUCCGCCCAGCCCAACUGAACAGAUGCCGUUGCACUCGAGAGCUUUGAAUGUGACCAGUUGGAUAGAUCGAAGGCGUCAAACCGUGCGUCGUCGGCUCCACCAAUCAGGAGGCCGCAGCCAAUUGAAUCGAUCGAUACAGCCGGUCUCGCCUGUGCACAAUUUGUUGUCCUUACGAAUGUGCCUCUUUUCGGCUACCCACGCCCUACUACUCGUGCAUGCACUACUUGUGCGUGCGCGACUGCACCAUCAAGCUGCCCCUACGCACACACGCACAUAUGCAUGCCGACUUUUGGGCAUUUGGUGCUAG